AUAAACAAUACUAUUUAAUUGAAAUUUGAAGCUUCCAGCUCACUGCCGUGUGAUGAUUGAGAGUCGAGACUCUAAAGUUUAUCUAGUCAUUUUUUUUUUUUAAAUUAUAAUAAAUAAUCAUCAGGACAAGGACCAUCUUAAUCAACGGUAUAAUAUUUCGCAAUUUUAUAAUGACACUGAACAAUGAGAGUAUGGUACUCAAACGUUUUUUGGAUAAUUUGGACACCGCAAAACUCUGUGAAAUUACAAGGUCAGUUUAUCAUGGCGGCGCAAUCAGAAUAAACACAAGAGAAGAGGCCGAAACAAUGCUGUUGACACAACCCAGCUGGCGUAUUUUGACUUGCAAAAAAACGCCAUUACAGACAAUUGUACUUUUUUUAAUAAAACAUGGAAUCAAUGUAGCUCCAGAUAUCAAUAAAAUUCAGGCGGUUGAGUAUUUUAAGUUACUCCUCGAUCCGACUGGACAACAGGUGGCGUUGCCCAAUCCGAUGAUUCGACCUGCAUUAUUUCAAAAUUUAGAGGUGCAAGCCAUACAACCUACAGCGCCUACUGACGCAGUGAAACUACUAGAGGAUUUCAUUAAAAUGUUUGGUAAAAAUUUUUAUGAAUUGCUGAAUAAUAUGGGCGCACCUGGCAAAAACCAAUUGGACGGACGUUAUUUUUAUGAAAAUUGUUCAAUGACAGUAAGAAUACUGAGCGCCAGCCAAGAAAUCGACGAGAAGUAUCAAAACACAAUGCCAGUCUUAGAAAGUUUGUUGAACAUCAAGACACAACAUCAGCUUUUUUUCUCUCCUCAUUUGGCCGAUGAAAUCAAAUGGAAAAAAGAAUCGCACGGGCUGUUAAAAGUCCAAAUCGGAGGUACCCUUCAUCAGGGCAUCGGAAGAAUGGUCGGCAUUUUUGAACAACAAUUUAUUCUCCGAGAAGACCCUGUAGCAAAAAACACGUGGAAAAUACUACAGACUAGUUUAAUUUUGAAAAAUAUGGAUAGACCUCAAUUAAGUUUAGGCGAGCCAAGUCAAUUGUGUAUUACUGAGUCUUGACAAAUUAUUAUUAAGUGUUAUAAGUAAAAUACUUAUGUCUGUAUUUUGGAAAUAUAAGACAAAAGUAA